AUGAAUAGCGAUAAAGAGCUGGCAUCUAGGGAGUCGACCAGGAUCAGGAUUGAACCUAACAAGGCUAUCAAUACCGAUAGCGCCCAUGAUCUACGCCAACCUUCUCGAUUGCAAUGGAACAACUCACCACCGAGAGAUCGAAGCGAUUUUGAGAUCGCCAUCAUAUGCGCACUGCCCUUAGAGGCUAGCGUUGUCAGCGAAUCGUUUGACCGUCGAUACGAUGAGCAGGCAUAUGGCAAGGCCCAAGGGGAUUCCAAUGCCUAUUCCACAGGUGUCAUCGGAAAUCAUAAUGUUGUUUUGGUGCAUAUGCCGGAUAUGGGGAAAGUCGCUGCUGCGACUGCGGCGGCUUGCCUUCACUCCAGUUUUCAAAAUAUCCAGCUCGCUCUGACUGUUGGAAUCUGCGGCGCCGCACCAUUCGACCCACAGUCUGGGAAAGACAUCCAUAUCGGUGAUGUUGUCAUCAGCGAAGGUCUGAUCCAGUACGAUCUUGGGAGGCAAUACCCCAAUAAUAUAUUUAUGCGAAAAGAUACACCUCGCGAUAACUUACCGAGACCAAGACCCAAAGUUCGUGCCAUCUUGGCUAAAUUGAAAACCAAGCAAGGUCUCUGCUGGCUUCAGAAUAAAUUAUCUGAACAUUUGAAGGUCUUACCUCAGAAGUUGAGUGAGACGGCACCACACCCAGGAGCAAUAGAAGACGAACUCUUCACCAAUGGGGGUGUGACCAAUCCUACCACCCAUUUUGGACUUAUUGCUUCCGGUGACACUGUUAUGAAAUCUGAAGAAGACCGGGACUUCAUUAUUUCUCGAGAUGGUGUCAUUGCAUUCGAAAUGGAGGGUGCGGGCGUAUGGGAGAAGUUCCCUUACUCGUUGGUGAUCAAAGGCGUCUGCGACUACGCAGACAGCCAUAAAAUAAAAAAAUGGCAAGAUUAUGCAGCAGCCGCCGCCGCCGCCGCUACAAAAUCCUUUUUGGAGCAUUGGAGUACAGAUACCCCAAGAGCACCAUCUUCCGAUGCUAGGACCAAGGAGUCGGAGGGAGAACGAACUCAUAGGGCGAAAGAAAUAGAAAUUCUAAAGAUUCUCUACAGAUCACCGUACCUCGACCAAAAAGACCGAAAUCUAGAUCGAAUAAGCGGGACGUGCGAGUGGUUUGUUAGCCACAAACUUUUUAAAGAGUGGCAGAAGAAAAAGUCGACAAGAACCUUGUGGAUAUCUGCAGACCCUGGAUGCGGCAAAUCGGUUCUUGCGAAGUAUCUAAUCGACCACGUUCUCCCAAGCACUGAUAUCAGAACCACUUGUUACUUUUUCUUUAAAGAUGAUUUUGAGGAUCAAAGGAGUAUCAUUAUUGCUUUGUGCUGCAUUUUACACCAACUUUUUACGCAGAAACCAGCCCUGCUUUCCAAAGCAAUAUUCGAACGGUUUCAGGCCACUGGGGAAGAGUUCGCUCGUUCAUUUCGUGAACUUUGGGACGCCCUUCUCUGCGCCGCGGAUGAGAAUGCCGGCGAAAUUGUGUGUGUUCUCGACGCAAUCGAUGAAUGCGAAGAUGAUGGAAGAUCCCGACUCUCCCGAGCGCUGCGCGAGCUAUAUAGCACAAGCACCAAGAGAUGCUCCAAUUUGAAGUUUCUCUUAACUAGUCGACCUUACGGCAAAAUUCGGCAGGGCUUUUGGCCUUCAGAGCUUCCAGAGUCGCCCAUUAUUCAUUUGAGCGGCGAGAGUGAGGAUGAAAUAAAAAAGAUAUCACUCGAAAUCGAUAUUUUCAUUAAGGCUAAGGUUAAAGAUAUUGGAAAGCAAUUAAGGCUCGGAGAUGACGAGGAAGACCUGUUAUUACAUGAACUGAUGCGUGUUCCCAAUAGAACAUAUUUAUGGGUUCGCCUUACUCUGGAUUUGAUUGAAAGCGAUGUCAACAUCGAUAAAUCGAAAAUAGUCAAAAUUACAUCCAAUCUUCCGACGACCGUCGACGAGGCAUAUGAAAGGAUUUUAUCGAAAAGCCGCAACCUAGAAGAAGCAAGAAAAUUAUUGCAAAUAGUAGUUGCAGCAGAACGACCGUUAACUUUGGAAGAAAUGAACUUGGCCAUGGUGUUAGCCCUCAGGGAUGGUCACCAGUCGUACGACGACGUUGAUCUCAAACCAGUGGAGCGAUUUCGUGAGGAAAUACGAGACCUGUGUGGCCUUAUUGUGACAAUUGUGAACUCAAAGAUAUACCUACUCCACCAAACCGUCAAAGAGUUUUUAGUUCCAGCCACACAUCGUUCGGGAGAUGCAGAGCUCGGGAGUCUCAAUCAAAUGAAAUACUGUUAUAAAUGGAAACACUCGCUUCGCCCGCGCGAUUCUCACUCAAUUCUUGCCUCGAUCUGCAUCCAGCAUUUACAAUUUGCAGAAUUCGACCUCGACCCCGAAGAUAAAAACCUGUUAAACCCGUCUGGAUACGCUAAGAACUAUGUGUUUCUCGACUAUUCCGCUAAAAACUGGGCCACCCAUAUCCACGAAUCACAGAUUGGGCUGGAAAAUACGGAGAGACAAUGGGGGCAAGAUCGGACGAAAUCUAUUCUGAAGCUAUGCGACGCAAAGACAAGGCGGUGCCAAACAUGGUUAACGCUCUACUGGACGAGCACAAACAUGGUCUUCCCAACAAAAUUCGACACUUUUCUGAUUAUAUCAUAUUUCGGAUUUACAACUGCGAUAGGAUACUUGCCUGAGGCGGCUGGCCCCCGCAUCAAUGAGUGUGAUGGUACCUAUCGGCGGACUGCACUAUCUUGGGCUGCAGGAAACGGGUUUACGCAUACCGUCGAUCGACUGAUCUCGAUUAACAAUACCUGGUGGGGCACCAUGAUGUCUAGGAAGGCUGAUAUCGACGCCAUAGACAGAAGUGGUAGAACGCCAUUGUUUUACGCUAUUUGGAAUAGGCACAUCCCCGUCGUUGAGCUACUGCUCAAUGCAGGAGCCCGUGUCGAUCUAGAAGACGAUGUCGGGGGGACACCGCUAUCUUAUGCCAUCUGUAGCGGGAAUGACGAUCUAGCAAACCUACUUCUGAAGGGAGGAUCCAAGACCGAGUCUAAGGAGAGCAUAGUCCAAACACUACUUUUUGCUAGUGCAAAGAAAGGCGAUAGAGAUGUCGUUGAGCUGCUACUCGAAACAGGGAUUGUCCACUCAAAUGUAAAAGAUAGUCACUAUCUAACGCCGUUGCUGUGGGCUACAAUUUAUAAUCGUGAAGCAGUUAUGGACUCACUUGUUAAGGCCGGCGCUCAACUAAAUUUGAAAGGUAUGGACGGAUUCAUACUGCUUUACCAAGCAGUAUCGGAGGGUAAUGAAAGCGUUGUGGAAUCUUUAUUCGAAGAUGGUGUUCAGCUGGAUUUUUUUAGAGUCUGGCCCAAAGGGCUCUGGGAACAAGAAUCUGGUUUAGCGAUUUUGGAACGAGUUCUUGACUCCUCGAUGGUUUCGGGGUUUCGAAAGGACGGCGUACGGAUACUGGACCCGAUUGUAUGGGCAGCAGAUCAAGGCUAUGAAGGAGUUGUAAAGCUCCUUAUUAAAAAUGGCUCUGCAACGGACCUUGAAAUAGGGAGCGGAUGGAGACCACUUUCACUAGCAAUCGAGAAUGGAAAUGCGGCAAUAGUGCGGCUCUUACUUGAUCAGAAAGUGACAACGGAUUUUCACUAUAACCUUAUAUUCAAUGCUGAUAUUCCCAAUCCACGAUUAUAUAGAACGCCACUUUCGCGGGCAGCGGAAAGGGGUGAUGAGGCUAUUGUAGAGCUACUUCUUGAAUACGGCGCUAGGCUAGACUUGAAGGAUAGGGCAGGAGGGACUCCGCUGUCUCGCGCGGCCAACACGACUAUCCGUAAUAUUAUCAGGGUAUACUACGGCUUUGAACGUUCUUGGAAAGAUCAAUCUGAUCGAAUUCAAACAAACUGGUGGGACUAA